AUGCCUACAGCUGCGGAAGUCCAAACAGAUACGUUGCAGCGCUUUAUCGACGCUUGGAAAAGAUGGAACGCUAAAGAGACCAUCAGCUUCUUCGCUGAAAGUACAGACUUCCGGCAAGUUACUAUGCCGUUCCAAAUGAAUGUGCCAGAGCGAACGAGGGCCGAGGUCGAGCAAACCUUGCCAUACGUCGUCCGUGCUGUGAGAAAGUACAAUCUUCGAAUACACCGAGUGAUUCAUGACCGCCAAAAGGGCGAGGCGGCUAUCUACGCUGUCUCCAAGGGUGACACGCCAUUUGGUCCCUGGAGCAUGGAAUAUGCCACAUUCCUGACAUUCUCGGAAUCGGGCGACAGGAUCACAAGGAUAGAGGAGAUGCUAGACUCCAACCAUGCGCAAUGGUUUGGUCCGCAACUUCAGGGUUGGAUUCGGGGUCAGACCGGAACAGACGUGGAUCAAUGA